GUACUAAAUUGUGACUUGAUUGUGUAAACUCUAACGAUGGACGAAAGUGAACAAGAACACGUGAAAAAGUACAAAAGUUUGCCGAGGUUAAAAAGGAAAGAGACAUGGCGGAAGAGCAGGCUGGACACAUGGUUCGGCCGGCCGAAGAAGGGCGGCGGCAUCGAGCGCGGCUACGACACCGUGCCACGCGCCGAGCCGAGCCGCGCCGAGGAUGAGGAGCCGAACGCCGCCAACGAGUACACCAGCAAGAUAGACGCACUGGACGACACACAGCUGCAGAGGAGGUUCGAGGAAAUGCUGUCGGACAUGAAUCUCAGUGAAGAGAAGAAGGCGCCACUCAGAAAAUACUCGCGGGACCAGAAGAAGAAGAUGCUCGUCGCUUACAAAUUUGUCAACGCGCAGGAAGGCCGAUCAAAAUUCGAAAAGCCGUCAGACUACGUAGCCUACCUUAACCAGCCUGAACUCUCCGUGGGCAAGCUCCACAGUUGUCUAGAAAACCUAAGGAUAGCCCUAACUAACAACCCCCUAUCAUGGAUAGAAGAAUUUGGAACGAAGGGCAUCGAGAGUAUAUUGACUACGCUGAAUCUGUGCUAUACCAAUGACUCCCGCUACGACCGAGUGCAGUACGAGUGCAUCCGCUGCCUAUCCGCCAUCCUGAAUAACACAGUGGGCAUCAGAACGGUGUUCGAGUGCAGGGAAGCAUUGCCGGUCUUGGCAAGGAGUUUAGACGCCAGGAAACCGCAUUGUGCUUUGGAGGCGGCCAAGGUACUAGCAGCCAUAUGCCUCAUCCCGAACGGUCACGAGAAGGUUCUAGAAGCCAUCACGAUGGCCGGGGAGUCCAACAGGAAACCUCGGCUGCUUUGCAUCGUCGAGGGACUGGACAGUAAAGCCCCUGAGAGCUUAAAGAACGGCUGUAUGCAGCUCAUAAACGCCAUAAUAACGGAACCGGAAGAGCUCGAGUUCAGAAUGCAUUUGCGGAGCGAAUUCAUGAGGACGGGACUUCAAGAUCUAAUAGACGAGCUGCGAGCGGGCGCGGAGGGAGCGAGACAGAUUCAAAUGACCGUGUUCGACCAACACGCCGCCGCCGACCAGGACGAGUUUCUAGCAAAGUUCGAUGACGUUAGAGUGGAUUUCCACGACGCCAACGAAUGUUUCGAGCUGGUGAAGAACUUAGUCAUGGAUACGCCAGCGGAGCCCUACCUACUCUCCAUAUUACAACAUUUGCUGUUUAUACGAGACGAUGAGUUAAUACGGCCAGCAUACUACAAGCUAAUAGAAGAAUGCAUCACGCAGAUAGUCCUACAUAAAAACGGUUACGACCCCGACUUCAGAGCCACGCAGCGAUUCAAUAUUGACGUGCAACCACUUAUAGAAGGACUAAUAGAAAAAUCAAGAGCAGAAGAAGAAAGAAAAGUAGACGAACUGAAACAAAAGCUAGAGGCCGCCAUAGCAGCAAGGCAGGAGGCCGAGGCUAGAGCCGAACACUUAGAACAACGUCUAAAAGGCUCGCCCAGCGGCCCUGGAGGCGUCACGCAGGGAAAUAUAGCCGCUAUUGCUAAGGCGAUAGGCAGCCCCGGAGGCCCGGCGCCUCCGCCGCCGCCACCGAUGCCCGGAGGAGGGCCUCCACCACCACCACCACCGCCUAUGCCUUCAGGUUUCGGGGGGCCGCCGCCGCCUCCACCAAUGCCUUCAGUAGGCGGUGGUCCGCCCCCUCCGCCACCCCCUCCCAUGCCGGGCGGGCCGCCGCCACCCCCCAUGCCCGGCAUGGGGCCGCCGCCGCCCCCGCCGCCCCCCAUGCUGGGCGGCCCGCGCCCGCCGCCGCCGCCGAUGGGGGGACCCAUGGCGCCAAGAAUGCCCCAACCCGACGUUUUGCCUCACGGCCUGAAACCCAAGAAAAAGUGGGAGGUGGAGGGACCUCUGAAACGAGCCAACUGGAAAACGAUCAUUCCUGCCAAGAUGUCCGAGAAAGCCUUCUGGGUCAAGGUACAAGAAGAAAAGAUGGCGUCGCCGGACAUUCUCAGCGGAUUGGCUCUCAAGUUCUCCAGCAAACCCGUCGCCAAGAGGAAUGAGGAUGCGGUCGAUAAAGUUCAUACGUUAAAAAAAGUGAAAGACCUAAAAGUCCUAGACAGCAAAGCGGCACAGAACCUCUCUAUCCUCCUCGGCGGCUCUCUCAAACACAUGUCGUACGAACACAUACGAACGUGCGUGUUACGAUGCGACACGACAGUGCUGUCGGCUAAUGUGCUGGACUUACUUAUACAGUACCUGCCAUCCGCGGACCAGCUUAAAAAGCUCUCAGAGCUAAAAAACAAAGAAGACCUAAUAGCGGCGGAGCAGUUUGCAGCAACAGUGGCUGAUGUCAAACGUCUAGUGCCUCGGUUAAGGAGUUUAGCGUUUAGAGAACACUACACGGAGAUGAUCUCUGAAGUGAAACCGGAUAUCGUAUCAGGCACAGCGGCGUGUGAGGAAGUGAAGUCUAGCGGCAAAUUCGCGAAGAUCCUAGAACUGUUGCUGUUAUUAGGAAACUACAUGAACACUGGCUCCAACAACGCUGGCGCUUAUGGGUUCGAAAUCAGCUUCUUGACUAAGUUAACAGCGACUAAAGAUUUGGAGAAUAAGCAGACGUUACUACAUUACUUGGUCGACACGAUUGAGAGGAAGUUCCCCGACGCGCUCAACUUCGCCGAAGAAAUGCCCCACAUAGACAGGGCGGCCCGCGUGUCGAUGGAGAACGUCCAGAAGGCGCUGAAGAAGAUGGACAACGACAUUCGAGCUUUAGAGACCGACCUCAACAACUCGAGGGUACCCCAGGAGCCCGACGACCGCUUCCACGAGACCAUGAGCUCAUUCGCGAAAGAAGCCAGAGAGCAAUGCGAUCUACUCCACUCCAUGUUCCGAAAAAUGGACGCCCUGUACACAGAACUAGCAGAAUACUACGUGUUCGACCCACACAAGUACACGCUCGAAGAGUUCUUCUCCGAUAUCAAGACUUUUAAGGACUCUUUUGCGGCGGCAUACCAAGAGAACAUAGUAGCGAGAGAGACGGAAGAGCGAGCGAGACGGGCAAGGGAAGCUCGCGCCACGGCAGAAAGAGAGAGGAGAGAUCGACAACACAGAUACAAGCAGCUUGUCGACAUGGACCAAGCGCAGGACGGAGUUAUGGACAGUUUAAUGGAGGCAUUACAAAGCGGGUCGGCGUUUAGCAGAGAACGGCCAAGGAAAAAGGCGAACCCGCGGGUCGCAGGAGCUGAACGGCGCGCGCAGCUGAGCCGCUCGCGGUCGCGGUCCGGCCUCACGGGACCACUCACUACGCGGGAACUGACAAACGAGUUGCUUAGCAACGCGUGAUAGCUCAUAUCAAGUGAUACUAGUACCUAGUAUGUAGCAUAUACCCCAGUCAACAAGGAUUCAUUGAACCCCGCUUAAAU